AUGACUGCACAUUCAAAUUCAGCAUCCUCCUUUUCAACCACCACCAGUAUGACAUCAUCGUUGGCCUCACUCACUGAAUAUCACAUUGCAGUUGUGGGAAGAGAAAAUGUUGGUAAAUCAGCACUCACCAUUCAAUACAUUCAACACAUCUUCACAGAAGAGUAUGAUCCAACCAUUGAAGACUCUUACACGAAACGAACUCGAAUCGACAACAAGGCCUGUUUAUUAGAGAUUGUAGAUACCUCAGGCCAAGACGAAUACAAGAUUUUGCGAGACUCGUACAUGAGAAGUGCCUCUGCUUUUCUCUUAGUUUUGAGCGUGACAGAUCGAAAGAGUAUGGAUGCCAUUCGAGAAUUUCAUGAACAUAUUUUGCGAGUGAAUGAGUCCAAAGUUGAGGAGAAACCAAUGGUUCUUGUUUGUAACAAGUGUGAUUUGGACCACUUACAACGAGAGGUUUCUAUUCAAGAAGCACGAGUAUUGGCAAAGGAAUUGGGAAUUCCACACGUCAUUGAAACCUCUGCUAAAACGAGAUGGAAUGUUGAAGAAGCGUUUGAACUCUUGAUUAGAGAGGCUAGAAAAAAUUCUGACGAUGGAACUUGCUUUCCAAUGAAUGAUGGAGUUAACAACAAGAUGACGAGACGAAAGCACAAGUUACGACCAUGUGUGGUCAUGUAA